CUCUCUCUCUCUCUCUCUCUCUCUCUCUCACUCUCUCUCUCUCUCUCUCUGCUCUCAAUUCGCUAUUGAUUAAGGACAAGAGAGAUAAAGUUCACGCAGUUGCUUAGUGCUAAAGUUUGUUACAUGGACUUCAUUUUAACACAAGCGUUAUAAGGUCUACAGUAUGACUUGCAGUGUUGCUGUGAUUGGAGCAGGAACCUCUGGAUUGACCUGCUUAAAGUGCUGUUUGGAUGAAGGUCUGAAGCCAGUGUGCUUUGAGAGCAGUGAUGAUAUUGGAGGACUGUGGAGGUUUAAGGAGACCCCAGAGGCCGAACGCUCCAGUAUAUACAAGUCCCUCGUCGUAAAUACCUCAAAGGAGAUGAUGUGCUUUAGUGAUUUCCCCAUGCCAGCACACUAUCCAAACUACAUGCACCACUCCAUGCUGUUGAACUAUUUACGGCUGUAUGCCGAGCACUUUGACCUGCUCAAGUACAUUCGUUUCCAGACAACAGUGCUCAGUGUCAGACAGAGACAUGACUUCUCUGCCACAGGUCAGUGGGAGGUGGUAACCAAGAACAGAAACGGACACAAAGAAACACAGGUGUUUGAUGGGGUGUUUGUGUGUUCAGGGCGUUUCACAAACCCUGUUACACCCCUCUCAGCAUUUCCUGGAUUAGAUACGUUUCCUGGAAAGUGCUCUCACAGCUGGGAAUAUAAGGAUCCACAAUCAUUCCAUGGGAAGAGAGUGGUGGUUAUUGGCGCUGGUAACUCUGGUGUGGACAUCGCUGUGGAGAUCAGCAGAGUAGCAGAAAAAACUUUUCUAAGCAUGCGUGAGGGAGUAUGGGUUGUGGGCCGUAUGUCUCGCGGUGGUCUGCCUUUGGACAUGAACGUGGUAACACGACUGAGCACCCUUCUGAUGCAAGUGUUUCCUCAAGCUUUGCUUAACUGGGCACUGGAGAGAUUUUACAAUCAGAAAUAUAACCACAGGCUGUAUGGACUGCAGCCCAGCCACAGGAUACUCGGGCAACAUCCCGUCAUUAACGAUGACCUACCAGUACGCAUCCUUCAGGGGGCACUGCAGGUCAAACCAAACGUGCGAGAGAUCAGAGGCUCGACCGUUGUGUUUGAUAACGAGGCAGUUGAAGAAGGGAUAGAUGCACUUGUCUUUUGUACAGGAUACAAGGAAAGCUUCCCAUUUUUACUGCCAAAGUACAGCAACCCUGUAGGGAAAGGGAAAGUGGGCCUCUACAAAAAAGUCUUUCCUCUGUCCCUCGAGCACCCCACACUGGCCUUUAUAGGAUUAAUCAGUGCAACAGGACCACUAAUGCCUCUAAUGGAAAUGCAGGCACGAUGGGCCACUCGAGUCUUUGCAGGUUUAAAACCACUUCCUUCUGUAUCGGUAAUGCACAAGAUCACAGAGAAAGACCAAAAGGCAAACAUGAAAAGAUACUCUUGUCCAAUUAAAGCUGCUGUUGAGGUGGACUAUAUCCCUUACAUGGAUUCUAUUGCACAGGAAGUCGGUGUGCAUCCCAACCUCUUGUGGUUGUUCCUGACCGAUCCUGGUUUGGGUUUUAGGGUUUUGUUCGGUCCUUGUACCCCGUACCAGUUUCGGCUGAGUGGGCCGGGUCGGUGGGACGGGGCUCGUCAGGCCAUCCUCACCCAGUGGGAGCGUGUAGCCCAGCCUUUCAAGACACGCCCCAUUCCAGAGACCAAAACAUCUACACUACGCUACUCGCUGGGUCUGGCAGGAGGGUUGAUGCUAAUUUUCGCUCUUAUUGAAAUGCAAAAAAGAAAUAAGCUUUUCUACAGUAUAUGAUUACAUCGAGUAUGGUCUUCUUAGUUUGUUGUCACUUGAAAUGGUAUUUCUGCACAAUUAAAAAUCAUGUGAAUGAUUUAGAAAGCUGUAUUUAUAGCACGUGCCUAUUGGUGAACUGCAGGUUUUUAGUCUUCCCAAAUGUUUGAUUGGGGAUUGGGGUUUGGCUGAUCAUUUUAAAACAUUCAGAUGUUGUAGCUGUGCUGACGUUGGUACUUCACCAAAAUAAGAGGAUGGCCUGGACUGAUAUAAUGUACAUAACCACAGAUGGACUACAGCAAUCGAAGAAAAGGAUCUACAGUAUUAACAGAUCUUAUUUAAAAUGGCCAGUGAGUGUAGAAUCAAGGUAUGUAGCUACCACUUAUGUG